AUGAGAAUCAUGGCACUACGGAUCCUUCAUGUUGCUCUGGAGGUUGCGGGCCCUUAUUUAGUAAAGUACUCAGCGCUCGGUCAUAUCACAGAAGACAGCCUAUGUCGCUUCCUUUUCCAGCUUGUACGGUCGGAUAAUUUGGAUCUCCUGCAAGAGUCCCUUGUUGUUGCGAGCACGUUGUUGGGGACCUGCCGCGGCGUCUUGAAACUCCAGCAGGAGCUGUUUUUGUCUUAUCUCGUUGCCUGCUUGCACCCUGCGUUAGAGAUUCCUAGGGUAGUUGGCAUUGAUCCAUUGCUCUACGCUAGCAUCCCGCAGGUCCCCAAACUAGUCAAACCACCGGCCUCGCAAAACGUGAGUGGACGGUCAACGCCAGUGCAAGUCAAAGACCGCCAGAAACUUGGAUUAGAAGGCGGUGCCCGCAAGCCAGAUGCAAGGCAGGCGAUGGUUGAGUGCAUCAGCGUCCUCCUACGCAUGCCAUCCUAUAUGGUCGAACUCUUUGUCAACUACGAUUGUGACGAAGACCGAGUCGAUUUAUGUGAGGACAUGAUUGGCCUCUUAUCCCGGAAUGCCCUCCCCGAUUCAGCAACAUGGAGUACCACAAGUGUACCACCUCUUUGUUUAGACGCCCUCUUGCGCUACAUUCAGUUUCUCGCUCAGAGACUUGAAUGGCAGCCAAUAUUGAGAGGACUUCCGGACCCGGUACAUCUUAAAAUGCGGCGACAAAAGAAGAAGGUCAUAAUUAAUGGUGCAAGCAAGUUUAAUGAGAACCCUAAGAACGGACUUGGCUACCUAGAAGCACAUGGUAUCAUCAGCAGCAUGAAUGACCCUUCUUCAGUUGCUGCAUUUUUAAAACGUACUGAAAGGAUCUCGAAAAAGGCUUUAGGGGAGUUUUUAUCGAAACGAGGAAACGAAACGAUCCUACAAGCGUUCUUAAACCUCUUUGACUUUUCCGGGAAGCGAGUUGACGAGGCAUUGAGAGUUCUUCUAGAAUCCUUCCGUCUCCCAGGAGAGUCUGCUCUCAUCGAGCGAAUCCUGAGCUCAUUCUCUGAAAUGUACUACCUUAGCAGCCAUCCUCUCGAAGUUGCAGACAAAGAUGCUGUUUACGUCCUCACUUACGCAAUAAUCAUGCUCAACACCGAUCAGCAUAAUCCCCAGAUUAAAGCAGCAAAGCGUAUGUCCUUUGAAGAUUUUUCAAGAAACCUUCGAGGUGUGAACGGAGGAGAGGACUUCUCGCCAGACUACUUGGGUGAUAUCUUCAACUCUAUCAGGUUAAACGAGAUCAUUCUCCCUGAUGAACAUGACAACCAACAUGCGUUUGAUUACGCGUGGAGAGAGCUCUUGUCGAAAUCCGCUACAGCAGGCCCAGCAAUCGAGUGCAAGACUAAUAUCUAUGAUGCUGAUCUCUUUUCAUCGACCUGGAGACCGGUUGUUUCUGCACUAUCGUACGUAUUCAUGUCCGCAACGGAUGAUACAGUAUUUGCCCGUGUUGUCACGGGCUUUGAUGAAUGCGCCCGGAUCGCGGCAAAGUAUGGCGUGGUCGAAGCUCUAGAUCAUAUUGUUCACGCGUUGAGCCAAAUGACGACAAUUGCCACAACCACACCAUUCAGCACCGAUUUAAACACUGAAGUUCAAGCUGGUGGCAACAGUGUCGUGGUCAGUAAGAUGCCAGAAGCCAUAUUUAGGAGUCAAGAGAUUGUGGUUGCCAGGGCGUGGGAUGGCAUGCUGGAUUUAUGGAUCCGGAUUGUUGAUAUCCUCGACCGACUCAUGAACAGUGGCCAGGGAGAUAGCCUCAGCGAACUGGCGCUCGACGCUGAAGGGGUUUACGUUAAUAAUCUUGAGGAGCGGGUCAGAAUUGAACAACUGAAGGAUGCCUUGGCUCAAAUCUUCUCAGAAUACGGUACUCUUGUUGAGAUCGUGGCUAAGAGCAACUUGCGAGCGAAAGGACAGGCCUUCAUCGUAUUCAGUGAACCCGACGCUGCGCAGGCAGCUAUCAGCGAGCUUCAAGGCUUCGAGCUGUUCGAGAAACCCAUGCGCCUGGCCCUUGCAAAGUCACGAAGCGAUGCGACCGUGAGAAAUAUUUGUAACGCUGACGAAUUCGACCAGCACAAGCGAAAACGAGCUGCUGAUAAGGAUAAGCGGCGGGCCACGGAGGCAGCAGACCAGCAGAAAAAGCUCAAGCUUGCAGCUACCCUACAAGAUACUACUUCUCGGGGUGAAAGCACCCGCGGCGCUGGCUUGAAGGCGAAUAAUCCAUCAACCGCAACCUUGGUUCCCGAUGAAUAUCUACCACCGAAUAAAACCCUGUUCGCCCAGAACAUACCUGACGAUUAUGAUGUUGACUCUUUGACGUCCAUAUUUGGCCGGUUCAAUGGUAAAACUUUGUCUGCGAACCACUCCUUCAAUCGAGCCGUCAUUAUGCUCUAG